AUGCGUUUCCAGCUCGCCCACAUCUUCUGCCUCCUCGGCGCUGCAGAGUCUCUCGCCAUCGGUGCCCCCGAGAAAGACUACGCCCUUCUCGACACCAGGGACAUCGCCUCCCCCCUCUCCCCCCGCACCGACAUCGAAGUCGCCGCCGGCUUCGUCAGCCAAGGCGCAACCGCCACCCUCGCCAUCGUCUCCAUCGCCAACUACCUCGCCGUCUACAUCAAAGGCCAAUCCGACGUCAACAGCUGCUCCGUGAUCUCCGGUAACGUCGACGGCGCUGUAUGGCAAUACUACGCUACUACCUCUGGUCCCAAGUGCGACACGACGUCUGAGUCGAAGACGAUUAGGAACGCGGUGGAGAGGGAGUUGAAGUGGAUGCAGGAGAAUGGGUAUGAUGCUGCUUGCUUUAAGAUGGACCAUGGGGGUACUUGGGAGGGGCAUCUCAAGAUUGCGUUGAAUGGGAAGCCGAUUGCUAGUGACACGCAGUGCAACUCGGCGAAGUUUGUCAAUUUGUAG